UGCGCACGUGUUCCUAGUGGUUUUCCAUUUUUUUUAUUCCCACUGCUGUCCGGUCGGUGCUCGUUCGGGGUCAGUUCCGGAUCCGUCGUGAAAUUUUCGUGUGACUACCUGCGGUGCAUCCAUCCAUUGGCACAAAUAAUCCCGUGAUCUUUAGAACCCUCGAGUCUAGAGUGCGUGUGUGACGCGAUCGGAAGUUUGUUCGGAAACCGGUGCAUCAGGAGAAACUAGAAAUGUCUCGAACGCUGGAGCUGUCGCCGAACGCGCAACUCAACAAGACGCUGCUCGACAAGUACAUGUCCUUGCCGAUGCCGGAUGGCAAGAUACAGGCGACGUACAUCUGGAUCGACGGUACCGGCGAGCACGUGCGCUGCAAGGACCGUACGCUCGACUUUAUUCCCCAGUCCCCGAGCGAGCUCCCAGUCUGGAAUUACGAUGGCAGCUCGACCUACCAGGCGGAGGGUUCCAACUCGGACGUCUACCUGCACCCGGUCACCAUCUACCGGGAUCCGUUCCGUCGCGGCAACAACAUUCUGGUGCUGUGCGAAACGUACCGCUACGAUGGUACGCCGACCGAGUCGAACAAGCGCAAGUCGUGCCUGGAGGUGUGCAAGUUGGCCGCUGACGAGCGCCCGUGGUUUGGCAUCGAGCAGGAGUACACGCUGCUGGACGUGGACGGACGUCCGCUCGGUUGGCCCAAGAAUGGAUUCCCGGGUCCGCAGGGUCCGUACUACUGUGGAGUGGGAGCGGACAAGGUGUACGCACGUGACAUCGUCGAUGCACACUACCGUGCCUGCUUGUACGCGGGGGUGAAGCUGUGCGGCACCAACGCCGAGGUGAUGCCGGCCCAGUGGGAGUACCAGGUGGGACCGUGCGAGGGCAUCUCGAUCGGGGACGACCUGUGGAUGUCCCGUUUCCUGUUGCACCGCGUUGCGGAAGAGUUUGGCAUUGUGGCCACGCUGGACCCGAAACCGAUGCAGGGCGACUGGAACGGUGCCGGUGCGCACACGAACGUGUCGACGAAGGCGAUGCGCGAACCGGGCGGCAUUGCCGAGAUUGAAAAGGCCAUUGGCAAGCUGUCGAAGCACCACGAGCGCCACAUCCGCGCCUACGACCCGCACGAGGGAAAGGACAACGAGCGCCGCCUGACGGGAAAGCACGAAACCAGCUCGAUCCACGACUUCAAUGCCGGUGUUGCUAACCGUGGAUGCUCCAUUCGUAUUCCCCGUGGCGUGUCCGAUCAAGGCUUUGGCUACUUCGAGGAUCGUCGCCCGAGCUCCAACUGCGAUCCGUACAGCGUGGCCGAGGCAAUCCUGCGUACGAUCUGCCUGGACGAAUAAAUCUUCGACGCCGGCUUUCACAGUUGCGUUUGUACGACAUUCCAAGGAUUAGCUUAGCACAGCCUUUUUUUACUUCCAACACGUAUUGCAUUCGCUCUCAGCGGUAUCAUUUCUAGAGUGCCUUAGUGAACGAUGUUGCACUUGAGGAUCGUCCUUACGAUCAAGUGUUUUUUUUUUUGUGUUAGUUAGUUUUUUUGUUCUCCGUUUUAACUAGCUACUAUCUGUUACUUGUGAGGAAAAGAAAGAGAAAGAGAGAGCGCACGCGAAUGUAUUAUACCGAUCACAUUAUCAUAAUCGAAUCGAUCAUCUUAACGAUCGGUUUACAAGAUUCCUUUUACCUCAGUAUGCAAACCUGCACAGCCCAAGGUAGCUGCGGCAUUGAAGAGACACUUGUAGCAAUUUUACUUGUAACGAAACAUACAAUAAAAGCAUAAACGA